GUUUUCAAGUGUUACUUUCAUAUUUCUCUUCAAGCAGCUCUGUUAUACAAGACUUGAACGAUGGCAGCUCAGCAGCUUGACUGUGUGAGGAAAGUGUUUGUUGAAAACGUGAUUGACCCAGUUAUCAGUCAGCUCCUGGAUGACCUUUUACAAGAUCGUGUCUUCAAUCGUGGGGAGAAAGAUUACAUAAUUCAGAAGUAUCCCGUCACAGCAGACAAGGCACGCGAGCUUGUAGAUGCAGUGAUCAAGAAAGGGGAUGUAGCCAGCAGGAAGAUGAUUACUCGCCUUCAAGAGAGAGACCCUGAACUUUACUCUAAGAUGGAUGAGUCCUGUAGUCAGCCUCCUCAGCCAGCUGCACAGGCAAAGAUGGAGACGGAGUGAUCAACCACACUUGUCCAUGCCACUGAUGCUUUCUGGAAUGAGAAACAGAAGGAUCCAGAUGUUAGUAAUUCACAAAAAGCCUCAUUAAAUGUCUCAUGUUGACUUAACUGAUGAUUUUUCCAUCAGAAGAAACAGAAAAGGAAAAAUGUAGUUUUAAUGUAGUUCAAAUGUUAAGGUUUUCUCAUGCUGGUCUGUUCAGUGCACAUCAAUGUUUAAUGAUUAACAAGAAUAAAUUAAACAGUUUCUGUAUAAAA